AUGUAUGACUACGCCGUGAACUACUUUAUCGGCGGCGAUGGCAUGGGCGCCAUGCCAAAUUUCAUAAUCGCCAAUCAUACCGAAGAUGGGUCGGGCAAAAUUCUGGCCCAGAGUCGAGAGGCUGGGCGAGACCAGGGACACGCGACGCUUGAUAUCGCUCUUUUGGGGGUGGUCCUUCAGCAAGGAUACAACCAAGGGAACGAUCUCUUCGAGAUCAUGUCGAACAGUGGUCUAGCGGCGUCGGAGUAUGUCGCGAAGUACAAUGUGAAUGAAGACGUGCCCUUCACAGAACAUUACAAUGACCUUCGAGGCCUCGACUCAUCCUGGACGAAAGCAUAUGUCGACUACGCCAACAACGGAACCGGUGUGGUUGAGGGAGGCGGUGGCAACUACGGGAGCAACAGUGGUGGAUAUGAUUACCUUGGUUUCGGAACUCUCAUGUAUCGUCUGACCUCUUAG